UAAAGCCUUGAGUGUGGUUUAAAGGGCAGCGCUAAUUCCGGGUUUCCCCCGGGGCCACUGGAACUAGCUGUGGGGGCUCAGGAUAGUGAUUGGCUGACCAGGGGCCCCUUCUUCCUUAAUCUCCGCACCCUGAAGACGGAAGUCCGAUUGGGGAACGGAAUCGGAGCUGUCAUCCCGUGAGGGCAUCGGGACUCGGCCCUAGAGGAGCCAGAGGGAACGCCACCGGCUCGGACCCCAAAGGUCUGCCUCUGGGAAGGUGACGCUCACCUCCUUCCCACCUUCUAAAGCAGCGCGGAAGCUACGACGGACCGAGGAGCCCGCACCGGCUGCCUGUUCUGUUCUCAGGAAACCAAACCAAACCGGGAGCCCGAGAAGCCCCGUCAGCCCGGCCCUUUGCACUCCAUGGCGGCUCUGAGCCCGGCACAGCUACUGAAGGUGGGGGCCGCGGGCCGCGCCGGCGUGAUCGCUCCCCGCUAGGAGAGGAGGAUGGGGCUCCCCGUGUUUCUCGGACAUUGCCCUAGGCCGGCUUUAUUUCAGACUUAAUUCCCCAUCUUUCCCUUCCCUAGCCUCCCAUCGCCGUUGGGGCUCAGCCAGUGACCUAAGGCCCCCGCCCCGAGUUCCACGGGGACUUUGGACAGGGUUGGGAUGCCAGAUUGCAAGAAUGGGAUGGGGGAGGGCACAGGAGAAGGGAGAUGAGCCUGGGGCCCUGGAGUUCCCCCUGCUUUGAUUGGAAGAGCCAGGAGUAUAAAAAAGAAAAAAACCAAACCAAAGCCCCAAACCCCAAACUUUAUUUGUGAAGCGCUUGAAGCCAUCAGUGGGUGGAAAGAAGGAGAGAUGGAAAGAUCCCGGGAUAGAAUCAGCUGCACCUGGAAGGCACAGACCAAGCAAGAGACUCGAGGCCUGGACUUUAAGGGUCCUCUAGAUUAACUCUCAUUUUACCGAUGAGGGGAAAAUGCCCAGAGAGCUCAAGUCACUUGUCCAAGUUCCAGGAGGAUGGAUUUCUGGUCCUGGAAGGGAUAUUUUCCCCCAAGGAGUGUGAUAUGAUGAGAGAACAAAUCCAGAAGAUUGUAGCAGAAAUGGAAGUCCCUUCUCACUGUCGCACUGAAUUCUCUACUCAACAAGAGGAACAGCUCCGAGUCCAGGGCAAUACAGACUACUUUUUGACCAGUGGGGACAAGAUCAGAUUUUUCUUUGAGAAAGGAGUGUUUGACAAGGAAGGUAAUUUUCUAAUCCCACCAGAGAACUCUAUCAACAAAAUUGGCCAUGCUCUGCAUGCCCAUGACCCUGUCUUUAAGUGCAUUACCCACUCACCUCAGGUGCAGGAGCUGAUUAAGAGUCUGGGGCUUGAAGUACCUGUGGUAGUUCAAAGCAUGUACAUCUUCAAGCAACCACAUUUUGGCGGGGAAGUCACCCCACACCAGGAUGCCACCUUUCUCCACACUAAGCCAUUGGGCCGAGUGCUAGGCAUUUGGAUCGCGAUAGAGGAUGCUACCCUGGAGAAUGGCUGCCUCUGGUUCAUCCCUGGAUCCCACACUGAUGGCAUUUCUCGAAGGAUGGUACGGGUGCAGGUUGGCUCUGUGGGCUGCACCAACUUCAUAGGCUCUGAACAGGUUUAUGAGGACAGCCGUUUUAUCCCCACACCUAUCCAUAAAGGGGGUCUCAUCCUGAUACAUGGAGAGGUUGUUCAUAAGAGUGAGCUGAACCACUCUACACAUUCUCGCCAUGCAUACACCUUCCACCUUAUGGAAUCCAAGGGCACUCACUGGAGCCAAGAUAAUUGGCUUCAGCCAACACCAGAACUGCCUUUCCCCCUACUGUAUACCUAAUGGUAAUUAGUAAGAUGGAUUCCCCUGCCUUUCUAGGUAGACCUGAUGCUUCCUCUGUCCUCUGGGGUAAAUGGCUCUUGUUUUGUCCUGGACGACUUAGUACCUAGUACAUCUGCCUUUCUUCUUGGGAUCAACUCCUGGAUAACCCUCAGACUCACCUGGUAGAGAGGAAGAAAAAAGCUUGAUGUAUGUAUGAGAGAAGGAAGGGAGAAGUAACACAGGGAGAAGGAAAUGAAUGAGGGAUGUCUAUGAUAUCAGUCACUGAAUAAAAAUUACCAAAUGCA